AUGAAUGCCGUCCACUUCAAAUCCGUGGAGCUAGUUGACUUUGACAAGGUCCUGGGAACCACGUCGACUGAGGUGUCGAGCGUCGCUCUUGGAGGACGUAUCCUGGCAUGCAGCGACGAGUGGUUUGCUCCGGCCUCGGACCUCCUCAAGGUCGGACCUGCGCCUUCGCUCAAGGGGCAAUUUGGGCCAAAAGGAGCUCUCUUUGAUGGGUGGGAGACCCGCAGGCAUAAUCCUACCUACGACUGGGUCACCCUCCGCCUCGGGCCGGCCGCUGGAAGCAAUAUCAUCGGCUUCGACGUCGACACGGCUAACUUCAACGGAAACGAGGCGCCAGAGAUCGAGAUCUUUGGAUUGCGGCUGACGCCCGCCGAGGAAAAGGCCGGCGCGGCCCCUGGGCACGACGACGCUAGGUGGACGCAACUGAUUGGCAGGGUGCCAUGCAAUCCAUCAUCGCGGCACCUCUACGCAACUGCCAAUGGCGAGACCACUCCGAUCUACACGCACGUCAAGCUUCACAUGAUCCCAGAUGGCGGAAUUGCCAGAUUCCGCGUCUACGGCACGGUGCCCCCGCCGCCUGUGGGUCUCGGCGUCAAUGAACACCCGUCGGCGACCGAGCAAGGAGGCACCGACGAAAACCUCAAUGUCCUUGAUUUGGCUCACGUGCUCAACGGCGGUCGUGUUGUCUUCACGAGCGAUCAGCACUUCGGCAUCGGACCAAAUGUUCUUCUGCCUGGCCGGGGAAAGGACAUGGGAGACGGCUGGGAAACGAAGCGUUCGCGAGCACCAGGACACAGGGACUGGCUCAUCAUCAAGCUCGGCGAGCCGGGCUACCUGUCGUAUGCGGAGGUUGACACGAUUCACUUCCUCGGCAACUUUCCCGAGUCGGUCGAGCUUCACGCCACAUCUUUCGACGGCCAGCUUCCUCCCGAAGACUCGUCGGUCGAAUGGACCUCGAUUCUGCCCCGAACAAAGACCGGGCCCGGCAAGCAGCACUUUUUCGGACUGUCGCAGGUCGAGGGCAGAGCAUACACGCACGUCAAGGUGACGAUGCACCCCGACGGCGGCAUCAAGCGGGUCAGGCUCGUGGGUAGGCGUGCAGGGCCACUUGCAAACCGCGCCGCAAAAGAUUUGCCCGCGGUUCCCGUCCCUGGCUCGCUGGACAAGGACUUGCCAACGCACCCAAAUAAUCCACUGAAUGCCAUCACCAGUGCGGCCACGGCGGCUGGCGCGACCCUCGCCGGCUUCAUUUCAGGUUCAUCUGCCGGUUCCAACGUUGGCCACACGAUGAAAGAGGCCACCAAGACGCCUGCGGGCGUGGCGCUUCUCAAGGCCAAGCCGCUCACCCCCGAGGCCUACGCUACCUUCGGUGACGUCGUUGGCUCUCCCCAAGCCAGCGGAUUGGAGCAGGCCGCCCAGUCGUCAUACAAGACGGUGAAUCAAGGGACAGCGGCCAAGUACGCUAGCCAGUCGCUCGUCAACAGCACCUACCCCAUCUCAGCCGAAGCACAGACAUGGCUACACACCUACCGGUGCAAGGCUGUCGAGCAGCUUCCCUUCCCCGUAAAGGUCCUCGAGAGGCACCGCUUCACUUCGCAAACUUUCUUGCCGCUGGGUGCCGCGUCAGGCGACAAGCCAACAGCUGCCUACCUCGUCAUUGUUGCCGCCAAUGGGCCCGACGACAAGCCAGACCUGUCGACGCUGUCUUGCUUCUCGGCAAACGCCUCACAGGGCAUUACCUACCGCGCUGGCACCUGGCAUCAUCCCAUGGUUGCUCUCGGAAGCGGUCAGACUGAUUUUGCUGUCGUCGUCAACGAAAGCGACAAGGAGCCCGCGCUCAACUGCGACGAGGUCUACUACGACGACGCCGUGGCGGCCGUCUCUCUCUGAUGCAUAUAAAAGCGAGGGUAUGCCCUUUGCUCCAAUCUGCCCUUUUUCUCAUAGACCACGUUAUAGACAAAAGUGGCAUCAGUCUGUCGCAAGGCUGUGUGAUGACUGCGAAAUUCGAAAUUGAUGCAAUUUCCUCCAGCAUGUAUAAAGAAGAGUAGCUCAAUCUUGGU